UUUUUCUUUUUUCGCUCCUCUGUAUAAUAGCAGUGAGUUAUUUAGUAGCGGUUAAUGUGAUCUCCAUUGAAGGAAAGGCAUCAUGAACGGAAACUUCAGAAAACAAGAUAAUCAUGAAGAUGAACAUUUAUCAGGUAUCAGGAAAAAUUCUACCAGGGAAAUAUACGGCGUUAGACGUUUUCCGUACAGAGGAAGGCGAACAUAUGCACCGAUACUUAGCCAACCUUUGGAUGGAGGGAUGGUUAUCUUAAAUGACGUUUUUGGACUUACAAUAAGCCAGUUUGAACGAAUGUAUAAGGCUUGUUUAGAUAGAAGAAACACUAAAGAACAGUGGAUAACAAACCUAAGAUAUCCUGACAAAUCUUCAAAGGAAUAUCUGGAGUACUUAGAUAAUUGUACAGACUGCAAUAAAGGUCACUUACUUUGGCUCGAAAAUAACCCGAAGGAGAAGUACUUAUACGAACAGCUAGUACACACAGUUGGUACUAAAAUAGAUAUACGAAAAAGACAACGGCUAUUUAUCAUUCUAGAUAGGAUAAUCAAUACUGGUUUGGCUAAUCGAACACACAUUGCAAGUGGGAGUUUAGCAGAAGGUCUUGAUUUACCAGGCAGCGAUCUCGAUAUAAUGUACGUACUCAAUGACUUAGAAGUUAUAAGGAAUGUAAAGAAUGUCAAAUAUCCAGUACAAAGUACAACAUUUUUUAUGGAGACAGAUAUUGCCCAUCCUGGAUUUGCUAGAUUCAUAUUAAGGUAACACGAUACCGAAUGACGUUACGCUACGAGUUAUCGUUCCUGACGUUAUCGAAUAACGCUCACACAUUCAAGCCAAUGCAUCAGGUUUUACAAUCACAAAGUGAUAAAAUUAUAAAAAAAAAUAUUGGGUAUUUAUGUGACAUUUUUAAUGAUAACUUUUUCUGGAUACUUGAUGGAUUAAAGGAAAAUAGUUCCGGAACGGAAACGAUUACUGUACGGAGUUUGACUAAUUUCCUGACAACCUGACAAUGUCCUGACAGAAAUGAAAAUGCUAAAAACUUUUUUUUUUAUUAUUGGAAGGAUUAACUUGAAAUUUGGAACCAAGCAAGAUGAGAACUUAUAUUUAAUAAAUAAAAGGAAAAAAAUGAAAAACAUAUUUAUAAGAGUUAGAAAACUUGCU